ACAGGGUCGACUCGAGGAUCAUGAGAACAGCCAGGAUGUUACUUGAAUGGGUGAUACCGUGGCUUACCCUCUACCUUGGACUAUCUGCAGCCAACAUGGUCAUGGUUCAGACGAUGACCAAAAUUCCAGUAAUUACAGAAGUGGGACCCGCUCACAACGACCAGAUCUGCAGUACAUGGGGAAACUAUCACUUUAAGACUUUCGAUGGAGAUUUUUUCCAGCUGCCCUUCACUUGCAACUACAUCUUUGUAACUGAGUGUGGGGAAAGCUAUGAUAAUUUCAACAUUCAGUUUCAGCGGCAGGAGAUGGAUGGGCUUGUCACCAUUAAGACGAUCACCAUGACACUGGAGGGGGCUGUUGUGGAAUUAACCAAAACUUCCAUCAAAUUCAAUGAUGAAGUUGUCACUAUACCAUUCAGUAAGGCUAGUGUUUCAAUUGAAAGGACCGUCUCCUAUGUCAAAAUCGAGGCAAAGCUGGGUUUGGUUGUUAUGUGGAAUGAAAAUGACGCUCUCUGGGUUGAGCUGGAUGCAAAAUUCAAGAAUCAGACCUGUGGCCUGUGUGGUGACUACAACGGAGUCCAGGUUUAUGAUGAGUUCAUCAAAAAAGAAACAGGUGAGACGAUAACUCUUGAACAUUAUGGGGAGCUCUGGAAAGAUAACAGACCUACCGAAGAGUGUGAAGGAUUAAACCCUCCAGACAUGCCGACCUGUGCAGAUCAAAAAGACCUCUGUGCAAAUCUGCUGUCCGGACCUGCAUUCCUCAGCUGUCAAAACCUGAUUGAUACUGACUCCUUCAUCAAAGCCUGUAUGCAGGACCUGUGCCGCUGUAACAGCAGUACUUCAUGCUUGUGUUCAACUAUGUCCGAGUACUCCCGUCAGUGCGCUCAUGCAGGCGGGGAACCACAGCAAUGGAAGACUGCACAGCUGUGUGCAAAAACAUGCCCUUUCAACAUGGUGUAUAAAGAAUGCAGCAGUCCUUGUACUGACACUUGCAGCAAUCCCCAGAGAAGUCAAAUGUGUGACGAUCACUGCAUAGAUGGAUGCUUCUGUCCACCUGGGACUGUCUUUGACGACAUAACACAAACUGGGUGUGUUCCCGUCCACGCUUGCGCCUGCUUACACAAUGGCAGACCAUACAACCCAGGGGACUCAUACUCAAGGGCGUGUCAAAAUUGCACCUGUUCCCAGGGACAGUGGCACUGUAAGGAUAUGGACUGUCCUGGUAUCUGCUCCCUGCUGGGUGGUUCCCACAUCUCCACCUAUGAUGACAAAUAUUAUACUUUUCUUGGAGAAUGCUCUUAUGUUCUUUCUAAGCAAACUAAUGGGACGUUCAGUGUCCUUGCUGACCUGGCCAAAUGUAAAAAGUCAGAAAAAUCAACUUGCCUGUCUGCAGUCACUGUACUAUUGCCUCAACACAAGAUGAUUGUGGUUGAAGCCAGCGGACAUGUUUUGUAUAACAAAGUGAUGACUCAGCUGCCUCUUUUCAUGAAUGACAUAACAAUCUUCAGCCCAUCGACAUUCUUCAUUGUGGUCCACACCAACUAUGGGAUUCAUCUUGAGAUUCAGCUUUCACCCAUUAUGCAGGUCUACAUCAAAGCAUGUGUUUCCCAUAAGGGAAAACUCAAGGGUCUUUGUGGAGAUUUUAAUGAUGUGGAAGCUGAUGACUUCAGAGGUCAAAAUGGAUUGACUGAGGGAACAGCUGGGACAUUUGUCAACACAUGGAAGACCAAAGCAACCUGCAAUAAUGUGAUAAACUCACAUAGGGACCCCUGCACUUUCAACAUAGUCAAGGAGAGAUAUGCUAAACACUGGUGCAGCCUGCUAACAGCCCCUAAAGGGAUUUUUGCAAAGUGCCACUCUGAAAUAAACCCAGAAGACUAUGAAGCGGCGUGUAUUUAUGACACUUGCGCUUGUGAAAACAGUGAGGAGUGCAUGUGUGCUGCCUUAUCCUCCUACGUCCAUGCAUGUGCUGCUGUAGGUGUCUUGUUGAACGGAUGGAGGGACACUACAUGCCAGAAAUACAAAACUGGCUGCCCUGAGACUUUUGUUUAUGGCUACCAAAUGACAAGCUGCGGUCGCACCUGCCAGUCUCUCAGUCAGUCAGACUCAACCUGCGAGGUUGAUUUUACCCCGCUGGAUGGCUGCGGCUGUGCUGAGGGAACUUACCUGAAUGAGAAGGGAAAGUGUGUGCAAGCCUCUGAGUGCCCCUGUCAUGUGGGAGAAAUGCUGGUACACAAUAGUCAGACCAUCAGAGUCCUUGGAAGAACUUGCUCCUGCCAUAAUGGAAAUCUAAAAUGCUCAGGAGGCCAAAUAAGUAAAUUAUGCACAGAGCCAAUGGUUUUCCUCAACUGCUCAAAUGCAAAGCCAGGUGACAGGGGAUCUGAGUGCCAAAAAAGCUGUCAGACACUGGACGCAGAAUGUAUCAGUACACGGUGUGUGCCAGGCUGUGUAUGUCCUGCUGGCUCUGUUUCUGAUGAUAAAGGCGGCUGUAUUAAGGAGGAGGAAUGUCCAUGUACAUAUAACGGAGAAUCCUACAAUUCUGGACAGACUGUCACUGUGGAUUGCAAUACCUGCACUUGCAAAAAGAGAAAAUGGAAAUGUACAGAAAAUGAGUGUGAUGGAACCUGCACCAUAUAUGGAGAAGGGCAUUACAUCACUUAUGAUGAAAAGAGAUUCUCCUUUAAUGGAGAUUGUGGCUAUGUCUUCACCCAGGAUUACUGUGGGGACAAUAUGAAUGGCACUUUCAUGGUCCUGACUGAGAGCAUCCAAUGUGGAACAAGUGAAAGCAUCUGCUCCACUGCCAUCAAAAUCUACUUAGGGAACAACGAAAUUGUUCUUUCAGAGGAAAAUGUCAGAGUUAUCAAACAAAGCAAAGGGGUGGACAUACCAUAUCACAUCCAGCCUAUGGGCAUAUAUCUUGUCAUAGAGGCAAACAAUGGACUUGUUCUCAUAUGGAAUAAGAAGACAACACUUAUGAUCCAGCUCAAGUCCACAUUUAAGGGAAAAGUCUGUGGUCUGUGUGGGAAUUACGAUGGAAAUGUGAAGAACGAUUUCACCACUAGGAACAAACAAGUUGUGGUAGAAGCCAUUGAGUUUGGAAACAGCUGGAAAGUGACACCCACCUGCCCUGAUGCAAGCAUACUAAAAAAUCCCUGCAGUCUGUACUCAUUCAGGCAGGCAUGGGCAUUAAAACACUGCAGCAUUAUCAACGACAAAGUAUUUGCUAGUUGCCAUUCAAGGGUGGAUCCACAACACUAUUACGAUGCCUGUGUAAGAGACACGUGUUCCUGCAACACAGGAGGAGACUGUGAAUGUUUCUGCUCCUCUGUAGCAGCCUACGCAGCAGCCUGCAAUAAGGCUGGAGCCUGCGUGAAAUGGAGAACUCCCACAAUCUGUCCUCUGUUCUGUGAUUUUUACAAUCCUGAUGGAGAGUGUGAAUGGCACUAUGAGCCUUGUGGAAAACCAUGCAUGAAGACAUGUAGGAAUCCCUCGGGAGUGUGCUACAAUCAUAUUCCACCAUUAGAAGGCUGUUAUCCAAGCUGUCCGCCUGAACGAGCUUAUUUGGAAGAAAUUACCAUGAAGUGCGUAUCAAAGGAGGAAUGCGGGUGCUAUGAUGAUGAAGGGAAGCAUUAUAAAGAAGGGGAGCCCAUGCCUUCAAAGGAAAACUGUUACAACUGUUAUUGUUCUUCAGCAAAGAGCAAGUGCAGCAAUAGCACCCAAGCUUGCACUUGUAUAUAUAAGGGACGUGUAUACAAGUAUGGAGAUAAAAUCUAUGACACACACGAUGGCGAUGGAACCUGUAUCAAAGCUUUUUGUGGAGAAAAUGGAAUUAUACAAAGAAUCGUUGAGCCUUGCUCUACAACCACACCCACCCAGGCACCAACAACAACAACAACAGCCUUUUAUUUUGAAACCACAGUCACAACAACCGAAAUAAAUCCCAUCACGACUACUGAGGCUGUGACAACGAUUCAGACCUUCUCAACACCAAAACUUUCCACAAGAUCUACGUCAACAGCGGUACAAUCCUCUUCAUUACCUCCAUCCUCAACCAUCAACCCGCCAUCCAGCACAAUCAAAACAACAACUGCUGGCUGCUAUGUUUGUAAGUGGUCAGAUUGGACAGACAGUGAUUACCCUGACUAUAAACCAAAUGGUGGCGAUUAUGAAACCAUUGAAAAAAUUACUGAUUUGGAUUUGAAUGAUUGUAGCGACUCUCUUGAAAUAGAAUGUAGAGCAAAACAAUACCCUGACAUACCCUUAAGUAAGUUAGGUCAACAAGUAACAUGCAACCCAACAGAUGGACUGAUCUGUCUUAACAAGGACCAAACAUCCAUUCCUCCUAUAUGUUUUAACUAUGAAAUACGAGUGAAAUGUUGCAUUAACAUCUGUAAGACAACCACCACCAUAUUACAACAACAACAACAACACCACCAACAGGACCUCAGGAACAGAAUACAAUCACCACCACAAUCACAGAAAAAACCCAAAACAAUCACAAUCACUGAAAAACCCACCACAACAAUCACAAUCACUGAAAAACCCACUCCAACGCCCACUGGCUGCUAUGUUUGUAAGUGGUCAGAUUGGACAGACAGUGAUUACCCUGACUAUAAACCAAAUGGUGGCGAUUAUGAAACCAUUAAAAAAAUUACUGAUUUGGAUUUGAAUGAUUGUAGCGACUCUCUUGAAAUAGAAUGUAGAGCAAAACAAUACCCUGACAUACCCUUAAGUAAGUUAGGUCAACAAGUAACAUGCAACCCAACAGAUGGACUGAUCUGUCGUAACAAGGACCAAACAUCCAUUCCUCCUAUAUGUUUUAACUAUAAAAUACGAGUGAAAUGUUGCAUUAACAUCUGUAAGACAACCACAUUGACAGAAAAACCCACCACAAGAACCACAUUGACAGAAAAGCCCACCACAACAAUCACAAUCACUGAAAAACCCACCACAACAAUCACAAUCACUGAAAAACCCACUCCAACGCCCACUGGCUGCUAUGUUUGUAAGUGGACCGAAAAACCCACCACAACCACAGAAAAAUCCACUACAACAACCACGGUCACAGGAAAACCCACUACAACAGCCACAGUCACAGAAAAACCCACCACUACAGCCACAGUCACAGAAAAACCCACCACAACAAUCACAAUCACUGAAAAACCCACCACAACAAUCACAAUCACUGAAAAACCCACUCCAACACCCACUGGCUGCUAUGUUUGUAAGUGGUCAGAUUGGACAGACAGUGAUUACCCUGACUAUGAACCAAAUGGUGGCGAUUAUGAAACCAUUAAAAAAAUUACUGAUUUGGAUUUGAAUGAUUGUAGCGACUCUCUUGAAAUAGAAUGUAGAGCAAAACAAUACCCUGACAUACCCUUAAGUAAGUUAGGUCAACAAGUAACAUGCAACCCAACAGAUGGACUGAUCUGUCGUAACAAGGACCAAACAUCCAUUCCUCCUAUAUGUCUUAACUAUGAAAUACGAGUGAAAUGUUGCAUUAACAUCUGUAAGACAACCACAACCACAGAAAAACCCACCACAAGAACCACAUUGACAGAAAAGCCCACCACAACCACAGAAAGAGCCACAUCCACAGUCACUGAAAAACCCACCACAACAACCACAGUCACUGAAAAACCCACCACAACAACCACAGUCACAGAAAUACCCACCCCAACAGCCACAGUCACAGAAAAACCCACCACAACAACCACAUUCACUGAAAAACCCACCACAACAACCACAGUCACAGAAAUACCCACCCACAACAAUAAACCCACUCCAACGCCCACUGGCUGCUAUGUUUGUAAGUGGUCAGAUUGGACAGACAGUGAUUACCCUGACUAUAAACCAAAUGGUGGCGAUUAUGAAACCAUUAAAAAAAUUACUGAUUUGGAUUUGAAUGAUUGUAGCGACUCUCUUGAAAUAGAAUGUAGAGCAAAACAAUACCCUGACAUACCCUUAAGUAAGUUAGGUCAACAAGUAACAUGCAACCCAACAGAUGGACUGAUCUGUCGUAACAAGGACCAAACAUCCAUUCCUCCUAUAUGUUUUUUAAACUAUGAAAUACGAGUGAAAUGUUGCAUUAACAUCUGUAAGACAACCACAACCACAGAAAAACCCACCACAAGAACCACAUUGACAGAAAAGCCCACCACAACCACAGAAAGAGCCACAUCCACAGUCACUGAAAAACCCACCACAACAACCACAGUCACAGAAAUACAACACCCCAACAAACCCACUCCAACACCCACUGGCUGCUAUGUUUGUAAGUGGUCAGAUUGGACAGACAGUGAUUACCCUGACUAUGAACCAAAUGGUGGUGAUUAUGAAACAAUUGAAAAAAUUACUGAUUUGGAUUUGAAUGAUUGUAGCGACUCUCUUGAAAUAGAAUGUAGAGCAAAACAAUACCCUGACAUACCCUUAAGUAAGUUAGGUCAACAAGUAACAUGCAACCCAACAGAUGGACUGAUCUUCACUGAAAAACCCACUACAACAACCACAGUCACAGAAAUACCCACCCCAACAGCCACAGUCACAAAAAAAACCCACCACAACAACCACAUUCACAGAAAAACCUACCAUAACCACGGAAAAGCCCACCACAACCACAAAUGUAGAGCAAAACAAUACCCUGACAUACCCUUAAGUAAGUUAGGUCAACAAGUAACAUGCAACCCAACAGAUGGACUGAUCUGUCAUAACAAGGACCAAACAUCCAUUCCUCCUAUAUGUUUUAACUAUGAAAUACGAGUGAAAUGUUGCAAAAACAUCUGUAAGACAACCACAACCACAAAAAAACCCACCACAACCGCAGAAAAACCAACCACAACCACAGUGACAGAAAAACCCACCACAACAACCACAGUCACAGAAAAACCUACCAUAACCACGGAAAAGCCCACCACAACCACAGUUACAGAAAAGCCCACCCCAACAACCACAGUCACAGAAAAACCCACCACAACCACAGAAAAACCCACUACAACAACCACUGUCACAGAAAAACCCACCACAACAACAAUCACAGAAAAACCCACCACAACAAUUACAGAAAAGCCCACCCCGACAGCCACAGUGACAGAAAAACCCACAACAACCACAGAAAAGCCCCUGACUACUGCUGUUACAGCAUCUAUAAAAACAACCCCUGGAGUUAUUACAAAUCCAUUAGUUACAACAACAACAGCAAAACCACCAACAGGACCUCAGGAACAGAAUACAACCACCACCAUAGUCACAGAAAAACCCACCACCACCACAGUCACAGAAAAACCCACCACAACCACAGAAAAAUCCACUACAACAACCACGGUCACAGGAAAACCCACUACAACAACCACAAUCACAGAAAAACCUACCACAACCAUGGAAAAGCCCACCACUACUACAGUUACAGAAAAGCCCACCCCAACAGCCACGGUCACACAACUACCCACAACAACAUUAACAGAAAAACCAACUACCACCACCACAGUCACAGAAAAACCCACCACAACAACCAAAACUACUGAAGAACCCACCACAACCACAGUAACAGAAAACCCCACCACAACCACAGAAAAACCCACCACAACAACCAAAACUACUGAAGAACCCACUACAACCACAGUCACAGAAGAACCCACCACAACAACCAUAGUCACAGAAAAUCCCACCACAACCACAGAAAAACCUGCCACGGCAACAGAAAAGGAAAGUACUACUGCUGCCACAACUGAGGAACCCACUACCCAAGCAACAACCACAGAAAAACCCUCCACAUCAACUCUCCAGUUCUCAACAGCAGGCAGAACAACUUUAUGUCACUGCAAAUACAUGGAUCAGCCUUUCUCCCCUGGUAGCAUUAUAUAUAAUUCAACUGAUGAAGAAGGCUGGUGUUACACUGCAUAUUGCAAUUUUACAUGCAGUAUUGUGAAGGCUGCUGGACCAUGUGGCUCUACUACUCCACCAACUCCAACAAUUCCACCAACUACAACAGCUCCAACUACCAGUACUGUCACAGUGUCCACAGUGAAGCCGCCCAAAAACUGCUCAUAUCUUGUGCCACCAAGAGAGCACGGUAAGACCUGGAGUACAAAUAACUGCACCACAGAAACAUGUGAGGAUGGAAAAGUAAUAACAGAGCAUGUCCCAUGUAAAGAAGUUACCAUUCCUGUAUGUGAAAAUGAGCACCCACCAAUCAGGGUUUAUGAUGAAGGAGGCUGCUGUUUUCACUAUGAGUGUAGAUGUAUUUGCAGUGGCUGGGGAGAUCCUCACUAUGUGACAUUUGAUGGCCAGUAUUACAGCUUCCAGAAAAACUGCACAUAUGUCCUGGUCAAAGAAAUCUCUCCUCGGCACAAUUUUAAGAUUCAUAUCGACAACGAAAACUGUGAUUUCACUGGAACUGUGACCUGUGCUAAAUCCUUGAUCGUGUAUUACAAAAACUAUGAAAUUAUUCUUACACAGGAUAGAAUCCCAAAGACAGUGAACACGGUGUACAUCAAUGGCAAGCGGGUAGUCCCAACCUACAGUAAUGAUGACUUCAUCAUAACAAGUACUGCAAUUGAGCUGCUUCUGAAAAUCCCGGAAAUUGAAGCAGUUGUGAUGUUCAAAGGGCUUUUCUUCAUGGUUGACUUGCCGUUUUCCCUUUUCCACCACAACACAGAAGGACAGUGUGGUACAUGUGACAAUAAUAAGAAAAAUGACUGCAGAUUGCCAAAUGGCCAGAUUAGUCCUGCAUGCUCCGGGAUGGGAGAGUGGCAUAUACCAGAUAAGAACAAGCCAUACUGUGAGCCUCCUACACCUGCACCAACACCGACACCGACACCACCACCUACACCACCACCCUGCAAACCUGAAAACUGUGAAAUUCUGAAGAGCAAAGUGUUUGAGAAAUGCCACAAAGUUAUUUCACCAGAACCAUAUUAUGAGGCCUGCAAAUUUGAUGUUUGCCACAUGGAAAAUUCCACUUUUGGUUGUCCCAGUAUGGAGGCGUAUGCCAUGAUGUGCGCUGAUGCGUCUAUCUGCAUAUCCUGGAGGAAUGCUACAAAUGGACAAUGUGAAUACACAUGUCCAGGAAAUAAGAUCUACAAGGCUUGCGGGCCAACUAUUGUGCCAACUUGCAAUGCAAGAUACAAUGAGAGGUAUGCACAACAAUGCCAGGGAAAAAAUGGCGACCUUAGCCAAGCUUGCAGUGGCGUCAUGGAGGGAUGUUUCUGCCCAGAGGGGACGAUUCUGUACAGUUCAAACUCUGACACCUGUGUCUCCUCCUGUUGCACUGGACCUGAUGGACAACCUAAACAGCUUGGUGAUAGUUGGCAGAUUGGCUGUCAGCAGUGUGUUUGUGAUGAGGACACAAUGAGCGUUAAGUGUGAGCCUGUCGCAUGUCCCACUCAAAAACCAAUACGCUGUAAUGAGGAAGGUGAGGUAUUGGCGACACGCACAGUGGACUGCUGUGAGAGACAGAUCUGUGAAUGUGACAAGAGACGCUGCUUGUUGCCAAAACAGAAGUGCAAACUGGGAUUUGAGUUGGAGAUCCACAUCUCAAAUGACUCCUGCUGCCCAUCUUCCCGCUGUGUACCCAAAGGCGUCUGUGUCUUCAAUAAUACUGAGUACCAGCCUGGUAUGGAGUUCCCCAAAGGCCCAUGUGAAUCAUGCUCCUGUACUGAAAAUCAGAAUUCCAGCACCAAGUUGAACACCAUGGAAUGUUUGGUGGUACUGUGCAAAACAUAUUGCCCCAAGGGCUAUGUGUAUGUAGACCAACCUGGACACUGUUGUGGAGAUUGCCAAAAGAUAAGCUGUGUCAUGGAGUACCCAGGCCUCCCGUCUCAGAUAGAGAUUAAACCUUCUGAGUCUUGGUCUCCACCACAUGACAACUGUACAAAGUAUGAGUGCCACAAGGUGAAGGAUGAAUUCAUAACCACUGAAAGACAAAUAGUGUGUCCUCCAUUUAAUCAAGAGAACUGCGUCCCUGGAACUGAACAAACUGAGAAGAACGGUUGUUGCAAAACUUGUAAACCUAUCAUAGCCCCUUGUGAAAUAACCAAGAACACCACGUACCUGCAGACAAAGAAAUGCAAGUCAGUCAAGCCAGUGGAAAUCACUGCCUGUGCAGGAUUCUGCGGAGCGUCCUCGUCAAUGUACUCUGCAGAGAACAACCGUCUGAUGCACGAAUGCUCCUGCUGUCAAGAGAUGGCGACCAGUAAGAAGGAGGUGGAGAUGAUGUGCGAGGAUGGCAGCAUGAUAAAGCACUCCUACAUUUCAGUUGACAAGUGCGGCUGCCAAGUCGCUGAAUGUGUAGACCAAUAAAGAUUUAGCGAGACAACACUGAAACCUAAUCUUAAGGGAAAUUCUAACUGAUAUACUUCUAUAAACUUUAACAAUUCCUCUCCAACAACUAUUAGAUUCAGGACUCAUUAUGUGAAGAAAACACACAGACCUCCCCAAAUAAUGCCAAAUAUGGGAAAUCUUUUUUAACAGCAGGGAUGUUGUUGUCUGAAAUUUCCUCAGGACACUGUUCCUUUGUACUCGUCAUAAUUUUCUUAUUUAUUAUGAGUGAGGUGGGUCCACAUAGCGCUCUGUGAUGACAGCACAUAUUUGUGUCCUGGUGUCUCUUUUAGCUUUGGAUGAGGUUUUUCCUUCAUACAAACUAUACGCGGUGGUGUUUUCAGUCUUACAGGGUGUUUUUUCCUACUGUUUCUGUAAAUGACUCAAGAAAUAAUAGUCACAAAAAUGGCCUCAGGUAUUACAACACAUCAGAGCCAUAUUUUCAGUCUCUUGGGCAAAGAGAUUAUGUUUGUGGUGGAAUGCAAAGAUUAACAACAUGUAUUUGAAUUUCAAACAGCACCGUCCACAUACUUGAUCUCGCAACAGUUUAAACUUCAGCAGAUCUGUCAAUAAAACUCUCGAGUUUACUGACAA